CAUAAUCCGAUUGGUAGCCAAAUGGUAGCCAAGAAAAGUUGAGACAAGGCUCUGGUUGGUUUGGAUUGGUGUUCGCACGUUUUGCGGGACCGGCAGUUUUGCAACGACACAGUCAACAUGAACAGGACCGGAGUAUCGACCUUACUACAGCUCACAAGUCGGGCUUUAAGGACCCGUGUCACGAACUCAAGGUCCAUCAUGAAGUACCACGAACCAGAAUAUCUCAAGUUUUUGCAACCGCCUCUGCCAGUGUACGAAGGAUUUAUUAACGUCCAGCUGAAAGGUUACGACUUCACCGUGCUCGAAAACAACGCCAGAAAAGUGGCUAAAAUAGCCUCGAUGUUGGGCAUUCGGGUUUCAGAAUGCUGGGCUACCCCUCUUGAAUCCAUGACGAUAUCUACAUACAAACCACAGAGCACUACAGUCGAAGACACGUUCAAGCUAAACGUUUACGAGCGAAACAUCCAGGUGUCUGAACUGUCGGGAGUUAUGGCGCCCAUCUUUCUGGAGGCCGUCCAGCUCAGUCUGGCCGAGGGCGUCAGGCUCAGUGUUCACCGACACCUCCCCGAGCACGAGGAGAUCCGCUACGUUCCCGACCUGGAGUUGGAAGAGCUACAGAGGCAGCUUGACGAAAUAGUCAACCCACCCACGUCGAAGCACGUCAAGAAGCCGUUCUAAUGCAUUUUGUAUAGCUUUAUUUGUAAAUAAAUUGUGGACGCCUUCGGAA